GGAUCCAUGGAUAGCCUCCAGAAGCUGCAAAAGCGUUGGAUCAAUUCAUCGUCCCCACCACCAGCGAACAGCGAACCCCAAAACAUGGCGAAGAAAGGCGCGGCACAGUCCCUCAAAGCAGGGUCGAAGCCUAAGUCACAGUCUACCGGCGGCAAGGCCGACAAGCAAAAAACCGAUCGGAGGAAGAGCAACGAGCCUGCCGUCGAGAAAGCAAUCGACGGCAAGGAAGAGGAGUGGGAGGACGCGGACAGCGAUGAGAACGACAAGCAGCCGGCGCCCCAGCCAAUUAGCGGGAAAGAAACUAAGAAGAGGAAAGCUGUUGGUGAAGAAUUGAGCGAGGAGGAUAGCGACUCAGAGGACAGCGAAGACGACGAGGAGGAGCAGGGUGGCGUCGACCUGGCCGCGAUAGACGACUCCGAGUCGGAAUCAGAGCUCGAUUCAGACGGGGAGCCCGAAAAGAAGGACGAUGAAGACGACGAGGAGGAGAUCGAUGUUGAGGAGCUCUCCGCCGAAGAUGAAGAAGACGAAGAGCAGAUCGCAGCCGGCACGCGCGUUCGCCAAACAAUCAACAACAAGGAGGGCCUCCUUACCGCCCUACGACGAUUCGCCCUCGACACGAACCCCAAAACCGUUCCUUUCGCCUUUCACCAGUCCAUAGUCUCGUCCAAAAAGACGGAGGACUCCAUCCCCUCCAUCGACGACGAUCUGCAGCGCGAGCUGGCCUUCUUGAACCAGUCCCUCGAAGCCGCCCGGCAGGGUCGCGCGCUGUUGCGCAAGGAGGGCGUGCCGUUCACCCGGCCAACUGACUACUUCGCCGAGACGGUCCGCAGCGACGAGACCAUGCAGAAGGUGAAGGCGAAGUUGGUCGAGGUGGCGACGGCCAAGAAGGCAGCCGCCGAGGCUCGCAAGCAGCGCGACCUGAAGAAGUUCGGCAAGCAGGUUCAGGUGCAGAAGCAGCAAGAGCGCGCCAAGCAGAAGCGCGAAACCCUCGAGAAGAUCAAUCAGCUCAAGCGGAAACGGCAAGAAGGCGGCUCCUCCGCCCUCGGAGCGACCGAAGCAGACGACAUCUUCGAUGUGGCCGUCGACAACGAGUUGGCGUCGCACGCGAACAAGGCAGGUCACAACAGCAAGAAGCGCUCGGCAGGCGACCACGGCCAGCCCAACGCCAAGCGCCAAAAGAAGAACGCCAAGUAUGGCUUCGGCGGCAAGAAGCGCUUCGCCAAGUCGGGCGAUGCCGUGUCGUCGGGCGACCUGAGCGGGUUCAGCGUGCGGCGGAUGAAGAAGGGCGGGAAGGCACCCAGGUUGGGAAAGAGCAGGCGGAAGGCUAUGGCUGCGAAGAAGUAGGUGUUGUGCAUGAUUUGGCCGUGUGUUUCGGGUGGGUGAGUCGGUCUGGCUUGGUAAGGAGAGGGUAAUCCCAAGGCGGGGUGUAUCCAUUCCACGUUUCUGAUCUGGGAGAGCAAGAAAAGCCUGGGAAAGGCUUGUUUUUCCCAUGUGUAACACACGAGUUUUGUGUGAUAUGUUCGUGGCGGCCAGAGCAUGGCUCAAAACAGGAUUGAAUUGCACGCUUCGAGGACGGCCUCCCUGAGACAGCCAACCACGAGGCUAUCGGUGU